GUGACAUUUAGCAAAAACGGGGCCCUAAAAAAAAGUGGUGCGAAACUUAGCUUCUCAUUGCUUGUGUGAAGGAAGGCCAAGGGAGUGAUUGCUGCGAGAAUUUUCGUGUGAAAAUUUUGCUAGCAGAUCCGAAGAGUGCAGAAAGAGAGUUACCCUUAUUUCGGGGGAUGAACCAGGACUGGUGAACAGGACACUCGACUUGAAAUGAAACUUUUGGGCGCCCUUGCGGCGGUUUUAGCUUCGUGCUGUUGCCUGAUUGGUGCAGAUGUUUUCGACUUGCCCCAAAAUGCAAGGCAGCUAGAAGUGAUAGAGUACAGCUCAAACUUCAAAUGCAAGAGCGAAGGAUUCCAGCCGGAUCCAGAGGACUGCAGGACAUUCUACAGGUGCGUUUCGGACGGAAAGAACAACUUCAGUCCCAUCAAAUUCGAAUGUGGAAGCGGCACUAUCUUCGAUCCAGCAUCGAACAUCUGUAACUACCCAUACGCUAGCAGCAGACAGGAAUGUUACGGAAAUGAGAUCGAUGGGAACUACGGGAAUCAAAUGGAGACACAAAGUACCACCGUAUCGCCUUCUGCACCACCAUCCACGCAGCCCACUCAACCGACAGGCUCACAACAAACGUCCAGUGAAUUGGGAAAGAAAUGCGAGGGCGAAGGAUACCUUGGGGAUGAUCAGGACUGUCGUAAAUUCUACAGGUGCAUCGACAAUGGAAGAGGGUCUUUCACGAAGUACGAGUUCAGUUGUGGAGGAAACACAAUAUGGGACCCUGAACUUGUUUCGUGUAAUCAUCCCUGGGCGGUCAACAGGAAUUGCCCUGGAAUAGAAAAUUAUUGGUCCAAUCAGAGCACUUCUGACAAUCAGAACAAUGGACAAAAUGGCGGUUGGAACAAUCAGAACAACCAACAGAAUAACAAUGGAUGGAAUAAUGGAAAUAAUCAAGGGAGUAGUUCCAGUAACAAUCAAGGUAACAAUCAAUGGGGAGGUUCAAAUAAUCAGAAUCAAGGAUCAACAUCAAACAACCAAAAUCAAAAUAACAAUCAAUGGAGCAACGGAAAUAAUAUGAAUAAUCAAAACCAAAAUAAUAAUCAAGGGGGUAGUUCCAGUAACAAUCAAUGGGGAGGAGCAAAUAAUCAGAACCAAGGAUCAUCAUCGAACAACAAUCAAUGGAACAACGGAAAUAAUAUGAACAAUCAAAACCAGAAUAAUAAUCAGGGGAGUAGUUCCAGUAGCAAUCAAGGUAGCAAUCAAUGGGGAGGAGCAAAUAAUCAGAACCAAGGAUCAUCCUCAAACAACCAAAAUCAAAACAACAAUCAAUGGAGCAACGGAAGCAAUAUGAACAGUCAAAACCAAAAUAAUAAUCAGGGAGGUAGUUCCAACGGCAAUCAAGGAAACAAUCAAUGGGGAGGUGCAAAUAAUCAGAACCAAGGAUCAUCAUCGAACAACAAUCAAUGGAACAACGGAAAUAAUAUGAACAAUCAAAACCAGAAUAAUAAUCAGGGGAGUAGUUCCAGUAGCAAUCAAAGUAGCAAUCAAUGGGGAGGAGCAAAUAAUCAGAACCAAGGAUCAUCCUCAAACAACCAAAAUCAAAACAACAAUCAAUGGAGCAACGGAAACAAUAUGAACAAUCAGAACCAAAAUAAUAAUCAAAACAAUAAUCAGUGGAGUAACCAAGGAAGUGGCUCCAGUAACAACCAAAAUCAAGGUAAUAAUCAAAAUGGAAAUGCGAAUAACAACCAAAACCAGAACAAUAAUCAAUGGUCGAGUGGAAGUGGCACGACAAACAAUCAGAAUCAAGGUAAUUAUCAAGGAGGGAUGAACAAUCAAGAUCAGAGCCACAACUCAAGUAGUAGCUCUAACAACCAAAACCAAAUUCAAGCAGGAAGUUCGAAUAGCUCAAGCAGUGGGAAUCAGUAUCAGCAAGGCCAACUCAAUGGCAAAAACUGUGCCAAGGAAGGUUUUGUGGGAGAUGAGGAUGAUUGCUCCAAAUUCUACAGGUGUGUUGAUAAUGGUAAUGGUGUUCUCCUCCAGUACACCUACACCUGUGGACCAGGUACUGUAUGGGAUCAAACCCUUGGAUCUUGCAACCACGCUUGGGCUGUAGAAGGUAAAUGUAAACAAUCUCAGCCACAAGAUACCCAAGGAAAUGGUACUAUUAGCAAUCAGAACCAAAGCGGAGCCAACAACCAGAAUAAUAAUCAAGUUGGCUCUGGAAAUCAGAACAACAACAACCAAGGUGGAUGGAGCAGUCAGAAUCAGAGCAACAAUAACGCAGGAUCGAACAAUCAAGGAGGUUCUAGUAAUCAAAAUCAGAACAACAACAACCAAGGCGGAUGGACCAACCAAAACCAGAAUAACAAUCAGAUGGGUUCGAAUAAUCAGGGUACAACCAGUAAUCAGAAUCAAAACAACCAAAACCAAGGUGGCUGGAGCAACCAAAACCAAAACAAUCAAGGAGGAUCUAGUAAUCAAAACCAAAACAACAACAACCAAGGCGGAUGGAGCAACCAGAAUCAGAACAACAAUCAAGGGGUAGGCAAUAAUCAGGGCGAUUCUAGUAACCAGAACAACAAUCAAGUAGGAUCGAACAAUCAGGGAGGUUCUAGUAAUCAGAACAACAAUAAUCAAGGUGGCUGGAGCAAUCAAAAUCAGAGCAACAAUCAGGGAGGAUCGAUGAAUCAAAAUCAGAACAACCAAAGUGGAUCGAAUGCCCAAAACCAGAAUAAUCAAGGAUCAAGUAAUCAAAACAACAAUCAAGGAGGAUCAAAUAGCCAAGAAACUUCCAGCAAUAAUCAAAGCGCAUCUAAUAAUCAGAACUGGAACAAUCAAACCAACAAAGGGGAAUUAGUUGGGACGAAAUGUGUGAAGGAAGGAUUUGUUGGAGAUGAUACUGAUUGUUCGAAAUUUUACAGAUGUGUGAACGACGGUAAGGGAAGUUUUACUAAAUACCAAUAUACCUGUGGAUCGAAUACGGUUUGGGACCAAGAAAAAGUAUCCUGCAACCAUGCUUGGGCUGUAGAAGGCAAGUGCAAAAGGGAACAAACGAAUAAUAAUGGCAAUCAAGGAGAAUCGAUGAAUGAAAAUCAAAAUAAUCAGGGAGGAUCUACUCAGAGUCAGAACAACCAAAGCGGUUCUAAUAAUCAGAAUCAAAAUAAUCAAGGCGGAUCCAUAAAUCAGAUCAACCAGAGUGGUUCCAACAAUCAGAAUCAAAAUAACCAAGGAGGAUCGAUGAAUCAAAAUCAGAACAACCAAAGUGGAUCGAAUGCCCAAAACCAGAAUAAUCAAGGAUCAAGUAAUCAAAAUCAGAACAACCAAAGCGGUUCCAAUAAUCAGAAUCAAAAUAAUCAAGGCGGAUCUAUAAAUCAGAUCAACCAAAGUGGUUCCAACAAUCAGAAUCAAAAUAAUCAAGGGGGAUCAAAUAAUCAAAAUCAGAACAAUCAAAGCGGUUCCAACAAUCAGAAUCAAAAUAAUCAAGGAGGAUCAAAUAAUCAAAAUCAGAACAACCAAAGCGGUUCCAAUAAUCAGAAUCAAAAUACUCAAGGAGGAACGAUGAAUCAAAAUCAGAACAACCAAAGUGGAUCGAAUGCCCAAAACCAGAAUAAUCAAGGAUCGAGUAAUCAAAACAACCAGAAUCAGAACAAUCAAAAUGGUAUGAACAAUCAAGGUGGUUCCAGUAAUCAGAACCAAAAUAACAACAGCAGCAAUAAUAUGGAUCAAUCAGGUCAGCAAGGUGAACUAGCAGGAUCAGAGUGUUCGAAGGAAGGAUUUGUUGGAGAUGAGAAGGAUUGUUCGAAAUUUUAUAGAUGUGUUGCUGAUGGAAACGGACGUCUAAUCAAAUAUCAGUAUACAUGCGGCUCAAACACAGUCUGGGAUCAGAAACUGUUGGCCUGCAAUCAUGCAUGGGCUGUGGAAGGAAAAUGUAAAAAUACUGAAAACAAUGCUUCCAACAACCAGGACAACAGCCAAAGUGGAUCUAACAACCAAAAUAACAAUAAUCAAGGAGGAUCAAGUACUCCAAGUGGAUCAAAUAAUCAGAACAACAAUAACCAAGGCGGAUGGGGUAACCAAAAUCAGGGAGGCUCCGGUAAUCAAAAUAACAACAAUCAAGGAGGUUCAAGCAGUCAGAGUGGUUCCAAUAAUCAAAACAAUAAUAAUCAAGGAGGAUGGGACAAUCAGAAUCAAGGAGGAUCUAGCAACCAAGGCGGUUCCAGUAAUCAAAAUAACAAUAAUCAAGGAGGUUGGAGCAAUCAAAAUCAAGGAGGUACAACCAAUAAUCAGAACAAUAAUAAUCAAGGAGGAUGGAACAACCAAAACCAAGGAGGAUCCAGCAGCCAAGGUGGCUCUAGUAACCAGAAUAACAAUAAUCAGGGAGGAUCAAGCAGUCAAAACAACAAUAAUCAAGGAGGAUCAAGUAACCAGAACCAAGGUGGUUCCAGUAAUCAAAAUAACAACAAUCAGGGAGGUUGGAGCAAUCAAAAUCAGGGAGGAUCAAGCAGUCAAAACAACAAUAAUCAAGGGGGAUCAAGUACCCAAAACCAAGGUGGUUCCAGUAAUCAAAAUAACAACAAUCAGGGAGGUUGGAGCAAUCAAAAUCAGGGAGGAUCGAGCAGUCAAAACAACAAUAAUCAAGGGGGAUCAAGUACCCAAAACCAAGGUGGUUCCAGUAAUCAAAAUAACAACAAUCAGGGAGGUUGGAGCAACCAAAAUCAAGGAGGAUCAAGCAAUCAAAACAACAACAAUCAAGGGGGAUCGAGUAACCAAAACCAAGGUGGUUCCAGUAAUCAAAAUAAUCAAGGGAGUGGGAUGAAUCAAUCACAAAAUCAAGGUGGUACUGGUAACCAGAACAAUAAUAAUCAGGGAGGAUCAAAUAACCAGAAUAAUAAUAAUCAAACCUCACAAGGACAACUCAUAGGAUCAGAAUGUUCGAAAGAAGGUUUUGUAGGAGACGACAAGGAUUGUUCUAAAUUUUACAGAUGCGUAUCUGGUCAAAACGGUCGGUUAAUAAAAUACCAAUAUACUUGCGCGCCUAACACGGUUUGGGACCAAGAUAAAAUGGCUUGUAAUCAUCCUUGGGCUGUAGAGGGAAAAUGCAGAAGUGUCCAAACCGGCCAAGAAAACCAAAAUAUGUCGAAUAACCAAACGCAACCAAAUAUACCGGGAGGAAGUACAAGCAAUGUCUCUAACAAUCAAAAUCAGAGCAAUAAUCAAUCAGGUGGAAGUAGUUCGACCAAUCAAGGAAGUUCUAACUCUAAUCAAAAUCAAGGAAGUAAUCAAAGUGGAGUGAAUAAUUCAAGCAAUCAGAAUCAAAAUAAUAAUCAGUGGGGUGGAAGCAGUUCCAAUAAUCAGAAUCAAAACAAUAACCAAUCAGGAAAUGGUGGUAGUUCUGGUAGUAGCAAUAAUCAGAAUCAAAAUAAUAAUCAAUCAGGAACUGGUGGUGGUUCUGGUAGUAGCAACAAUCAGAAUCAAAAUAAUAAUCAAUCAGGUGGAAGCAGUUCCAAUAAUCAGAAUCAAAACAACAACCAAUCAGGAAGUGGUGGAAGUUCUGGUAGUACCAAUAAUCAGAAUCAAAACAACAACCAAUCAGGAAAUGAUGGAAAUUCUGGUAGCAGCAAUAAUCAAUCGGGAACAAACAAUCAAAACCAGGGUGUAAACAACAAUACUAAUAUUCAGCAAGGAGAAAUAGUUGGUGAUAACUGUUCGAAAGAAGGUUUUGUUGGGGAUCAGAAAGACUGCUCCAAGUUUUAUAGAUGCGUGAAAGGAAGUAAUGGACGUUUACAAAAAUACGAAUAUACUUGCGGCCCAGGCACAGUAUGGGACCAAUCACAGCUCUCUUGUAAUCAUGCUUGGGCGGUAGAAGGAAAAUGUAAGAGUGAUACUCAAAACCAGCAAAUAUCGAAUAAUCAAGAUAAUCAAGACAAUAACCAGUGGAGCCAAGGUAACCAACAAAACCAAGGCAACAAUCAGCAGAAUCAGAAUAACCAACAGAAUCAAGGAAACAAUCAGUGGAACCAAGGAAACCAACAAAACCAGAACAACCAACAAAACCAAGGUAAUAACCAGUGGAACCAAGGCAGCCAACAGAACCAGAAUAAUCAACAGAAUCAAGGAAACAAUCAGUGGAACCAAGGAAACCAACAAAACCAAGGCAGCCAACAGAACCAGAAUAACCAACAGAAUCAAGGAAACAAUCAGUGGAACCAACAAAACCAAGGCAGCCAACAGAACCAGCAGAACCAAAAUAACCAACAGAAUCAAGGCAGCAAUCAGUGGAACCAAAGUAAUCAACAAAAUCAAGGCAACAAUCAGUGGAACCAGGGAAACCAACAGAACCAGGGUAGCCAACAGAACCAGAAUAACCAACAGAAUCAAAAUAAUCAACAAAAUCAAGGCAGCAAUCAGUGGAACCAGGGAAACCAACAGAACCAGGGUAGCCAACAGAACCAGAAUAACCAACAGAAUCAAAGUAACCAACAGAAUCAAGGCAAUAACCAGUGGAACCAAGGUACACAACAAAAUCAACAGAAUCAGAACAAUCAACAAAAUCAAAGCAACAACCAAUGGAGCCAGGGUAGCCAGCAGAAUCAGAAUAAUCAAUGGAAUCAAAAUGGCAAUCAGCAGCCAAUGUCCGGAGGACAGUCGAAUUGUACCAAAGAAGGUUUUCUGGAGAACCCCAACGACUGCACGAAAUUUUAUAGAUGUGUUAUGUCCGAGAACGGCAAAUUAUCACAGUACGAAUUCACUUGUGGUCCGGGAAGUGUAUGGGAUCAAUCUCAGUUGGCUUGUAAUCAUCCUGCCAAUACUCCUGGCAAAUGUGGGCAACAAGAAGCUUCCGAUAGUAGUCAGAGUAGUGAUAACCAGAAUAAUAAUUCUAACCAAACUAACACCAACCAGAACCCGCAAAAUGGAGCAUCCGGUCAAAAUUCGGACAUCAAUGGCGGUUCCAGUAACCAGAAUAUGAGUAACAGCACUGGUGCUGACCAAAACAACAAUAAUAAUCACCCUAACCAAGGAAAUACUAAUGGUCAGAAUCAAUCGAAUAGUCAAAACCAAUCAAACGGUCCAGACCAAUCAAAUGGCCCAACACAAUCAAAUGGACAAGACCAACCCAACGGUCAAAACCAGUCUAAUAAUGGUCAGAACCAGUCCAACGGUCAGAACCAAGCAAACGGUCAAAACCAAUCUAAUAAUGGCCAGAACGAGUCCAACGGUCAAAACCAAUCUAACGGCCAGAACCAAUCUAAUAAUGGUCAGAACCAAUCCAACGGUCAAAACCAAUCUAAUAAUGGUCAGAACCAAUCCAACGGUCAAAACCAAUCUAACGGCCAGAACCAAUCCAACGGUCAGAACCAAUCAAACGGUCAAAACCAAUCUAAUAAUGGCCAGAACCAAUCCAACGGUCAAAACCAAUCUAACGGCCAGAACCAAUCCAACGGUCAAAACCAAUCUAAUAAUGGCCAGAACCAAUCAAACGGUCAAAACCAAUCUAAUAAUGGCCAGAACCAAUCCAACGGUCAAAACCAAUCUAAUAAUGGCCAGAGCCAAUCAAACGGUCAAAACCAAUCUAACGGCCAGAACCAAUCCAACGGUCAAAACCAAUCUAAUAAUGGCCAGAACCAAUCAAACGGUCAAAACCAAUCUAAUAAUGGCCAGAACCAAUCCAACGGUCAAAACCAAUCUAACGGCCAGAACCAAGACAACGGUCAGAACCAAUCUGACGGUCCGAAUCAAUCUAAUGGUCAGGACCAAUCAAACGGCCAAAACCAAUUCAAUAGCUCCAAAGGAACAGAGUGUAAACAGAAUGGUUUCAUGGGUGAUCCAAACGACUGUAAAAAGUUCUACAGAUGUGUGGCUAAAGGAGGCGGCAAAUUUACGAGAUACGAAUUCACUUGUGGUACUGGAACAGUCUGGGAUAUAGAAUUAGCGACGUGUAAUUACCCAUAUGCUGCCAAUCGAAAAGAAUGUACCAGUGAAAAUUCGUCUUCUGAGGUACCUGACAAACCAGAAGUUUCAUCAACCACUCCUCAGCAAGAAUCAACAGCACAUCAAGAAACUACCUCGAGCAGUUUGGAAUCUACGACAUAUUCCCAGACAACAGAAUCAACCUCCAGUUCCUCAGAAAUGGAAUCAACCGCCAAUCCACAAACAACUACCAUGAGCUCUACAGAUUCGAGCAUGGGUCAAACGGUCACAACAUCCAGGCCAGACACUACGACACAAACAACUUCAGAAAGUCAAUCAACAACAAAUUCGCCUGAUUUGACCACCUCUGAACCUUCUCAAUCGGUUACAAGUGCCACAACACCGUCAAAACAAGGCCAUUCAACUUCGUCAUCAAAUAAGGCUCCAGCGUGUACUCAAGAAGGUUUUAUGGGAGACCCAACAAACUGCGCCAAAUUUUACAGAUGUGUUGGCAAGGAGAAUAGUAAAGGAUUCACAAGAUACGAAUUCUCUUGUGGUAAAGGUACAGUUUGGGACCAGGACAGCUUAACUUGCAAUUAUCCUUCAGCUGUAGGUGGAAAAUGUGGUGGAGCAUCUAGUGAAUCAACAACUUCUUCGUCUAAUGAAUCGACUUCUACUGUUACUUCAACAAUUCCGAAUGAAGAAAUCUCUUCUACCACGAACGUCGAUGAAGAGAAUACCAGUGAAUCAACUACCCUGUCGUCUUCAAGUACCGAUUAUUCUGGAACUACCAGUGGUGGAGAUGCGAGUACCCCUGGAGAAUAUAUUUCUGAAGAACCAACCACUACAGAACAGAUGUCGACAUCAGGUGAAUAUUCAACAAGCCAAACCGGAAGCACUACCAAUCUUUCAUCUUCCUCGAUGGAAGAAAGUACAACACAAACAUCUGAUUCUACCUCCGAGAUGGCCAGUACCAGUAGAACGGACUCAACUACCCUUUCCUACUCCACUACUACUUCUUCCUACCCAACAACGUCUUCAGGUACUCUCGGAACAGAAAGUACCACAACACCUGACAUGUCUACUGAAUCCUCCACCUCUGGAUCUGAAUCAUCAGCAUCCUCCACAACUGGAUCAGAAGAAUAUUCAACUAGCGAAGGAUCCUCCACAGAAAUUGCAACAACAAUGGUCCCUAGUGGUAGCAACUCCACAAACUGCCCAGUCAGUGAUCUAGAAGGUCAUCAAGUAGCUCUUGUUUGCCCUACAGGUUUCAGAAGACAUCCCAAAUAUUGCAACCUGUUUUACCAAUGUACCAGCUCGGAGAACAGUCAUGACUUCAAAGUUCUGGUCUUGAGCUGUCCUAACGGCACCAUUUAUGACGCAGAAAAGAUACAGUGCCUUCCAGAAAACGAAACCAAGAGAUGUGAGGGAGAAAUUGCAGGGAAAUCUCUCUAUGCGAAGUUAUCCAAUAAUGCUCUUCCAACGGUUCCAGUACACCUUCGUGGGCCUCUUUGUCCAACAGAAGGAUACCAUGCCAUAGACCCAGCUGAAUGCACCACCAGCUUCGUGAAAUGUCAGAGAUCAAGUGGUAGAAGCAACAGGAUGGAAGGAUACAUGUACCAAUGUCCUCCAGGUUUUGCAUACUGGAAUGUGAGUAGGAGAUGCGAGAGAACAUCCAGGCAACCUCACUGCACUGGGAUCAACUUCUUGGAAACCAGAUGGGAAGUACCAACAGAGUACUCCAAUGUUUCUUACAGAAGGAGGAAAACUUCCUGGUCCUUAUGGUGAAGUGUCUGC